GGGCGCUUUCCGAGGAAAUUCGGGACUCGAGUUUCCCGGGGAAGAGGCGCGGCCGGAGCCCGGCGAGGGUGGGCAGGGCAGGCGCAGGUGGACCCCGGCGGCCCCCGAGCCCCGCUGUGACCUUGUCCGCGGGGGAGGGGCUGGGCCGCUGCGGGGCAGCCGCGGCCGCCAGAGGGGGCAGCGGAGAAGAACUUGCUCAAGUUGGAGGCGCGGGCUGGGGCGGCUCCGCGCCUCCGCGCCCGCCUCCCCGGCCUCCGCCUUCUCCCCUCCCGCGAGCCUCCUCCCCUGGGCCCUCCUCCCGUCCUUCCCGCUGCCGCCGGUCCCGGUGCGCGCCCAUCCCUGCCCACAGCCCCGCGCGUCCGCCGAGUCGCUGAGCCGCGGCUGCCGGACGGGACGGGACGGGCUGGGCUGGGCGCGCCCCCCGGGCCCCGCUGUGGGCAUGGGCGCGCUGGCCCGGGCGCUGCUGCUGCCUCUGCUGGCCCAGUGGCUCCUGCGCGCCGCCCCGGAGCUGGCCCCCGCGCCCUUCACGCUGCCCCUCCGGGUGGCCGCGGCCACGAACCGCGUAGUUGCGCCCACCCCGGGACCCGGGACCCCCGCCGAGCGCCGCGCCGACGGCCUGGCGCUCGCCCUGGAGCCUGCCCUGGAGUCCGCCGCGGGCGCCGCCAACUUCUUGGCCAUGGUGGACAACCUGCAGGGGGACUCUGGCCGCGGCUACUACCUGGAGAUGCUGAUUGGGACCCCCCCGCAGAAGCUACAGAUUCUCGUUGACACUGGAAGCAGUAACUUUGCCGUGGCGGGAGCCCCGCACUCCUACAUAGACACGUACUUUGACACAGAGAGGUCUAGCACAUACCGCUCCAAGGGCUUUGACGUCACUGUGAAGUACACACAAGGAAGCUGGACGGGCUUCGUUGGGGAAGACCUCGUCACCAUCCCCAAAGGCUUCAAUAGUUCUUUUCUUGUCAACAUUGCCACUAUUUUUGAAUCAGAGAAUUUCUUUUUGCCUGGGAUUAAAUGGAAUGGAAUACUUGGCCUAGCUUAUGCCACACUUGCCAAGCCAUCAAGUUCCCUGGAGACCUUCUUUGACUCCCUGGUGACACAAGCAAACAUCCCCAACGUUUUCUCCAUGCAGAUGUGUGGAGCCGGGUUGCCCGUUGCUGGAUCUGGGACCAACGGAGGUAGUCUUGUCCUGGGUGGAAUUGAACCAAGUUUGUAUAAAGGAGACAUCUGGUAUACCCCUAUUAAGGAGGAGUGGUACUACCAGAUAGAAAUUCUGAAACUGGAAAUUGGAGGCCAAAGCCUUAAUCUGGACUGCAGAGAGUAUAACGCGGACAAGGCCAUCGUGGACAGUGGUACCACGCUGCUGCGCCUGCCCCAGAAGGUGUUCGAUGCAGUGGUGGAAGCUGUGGCCCGCGCAUCUCUGAUUCCAGAAUUCUCUGAUGGCUUCUGGACUGGGUCCCAGCUGGCGUGCUGGACGAAUUCGGAAACACCUUGGUCUUACUUCCCUAAAAUCUCCAUCUACCUGAGAGACGAGAACUCCAGCAGGUCAUUCCGUAUCACAAUCCUGCCUCAGCUUUACAUUCAGCCCAUGAUGGGGGCCGGCCUGAAUUAUGAAUGUUACCGAUUCGGCAUUUCCCCUUCCACAAAUGCACUGGUGAUCGGUGCCACGGUGAUGGAGGGCUUCUACGUCAUCUUCGACAGAGCCCGGAAGAGGGUGGGCUUCGCAGCGAGCCCCUGUGCAGAAAUUGCAGGUGCUGCAGUGUCUGAAGUUUCCGGGCCUUUCUCAACAAAGGACAUAGCCAGUAACUGUGUCCCCGCUCAGUCUUUGAGCGAACCCAUUUUGUGGAUCGUGUCCUAUGCGCUCAUGAGCGUCUGUGGAGCCAUCCUCCUUGUCUUAAUUGUCCUGCUGCUGCUGCCGUUCCGGUGUCAGCGUCGCCCCCGUGACCCUGAGGUCGUCAAUGAUGAGUCCUCUCUGGUCAGACAUCGCUGGAAAUGAAGAGCCAGGCCUGACCUCAAGCAACCAUGAACUCAGCGAUUAAGAAAAUCACAUUUCAAGGGCAGCAGUCUGGAUCGACAGCGGCACUUCCUCCCGUGCCCGCCCGUCUUCAAUCUCUGUUCUGCUCCCAGAUGCCUUUCAGAUUCACUGUCUUUUGAUUCUUGAUUUUCAAGCUUUCAAAUCUUCCCUACAUCCAAGAAAAAUAAUUAAAAAAAAAACUUCAUUCUAAACCAAAACAGAGUGGAUUGGGCUGCAGGCUCUAUGGGGUUGGUUAUACCAAACUGUCUACAUGUGCCACCAACACAAAACCAAGCCUUGGCUAGUUGUCUUCUCUCUUCAAUCUCUGGAAAAAUAAGUGCAUAUAGUUGAUAACCCCUCUUAGCUUACAGGAAGCUUUUUGUAUUAAUCACCUUUGAGGGUAUUUUGCGCCAGACCUCAACCUGGGUCAAAGUGGUACAAGAAGGUUUGCAGUAUGAUGGCAGGAGAAGCAGCCUGGGGCCUGGGGAUAUAACCAUGCUGUACCCUUCAGAUCUGGAAACACAGCCACAGGCCCCUCUUCUGGGUUUGUGCUCUGAAUGGGAGCCAGAAUUCACUAGGAGGUCAUCAACCAAUGGUCCUCACCAGCCUCUUCUGAAGAUGGAAGGCCUUUUGCCCAUUGAGGUAGAGGGGAAGGAAAUCUCCUCUUUUGUACCCAAUACCUGUGUUGUAUUGUUGGUGCGAAAGUGAAAACACUACCUCUUUUGAGACUUUGCCCAGGGUCCUGUGCCUGGGUGGGGAUGCAGGCAGCCUUGACCACGGCUGUUUCCCUCACCCAAAAGAAUUAUCAUCCCAACAGCCAAGACCCGACAGGUGCUGAACUGUGCAUCGAUCAGGAAGAGUUCUGUCACCAAGCUGGCCACUAUCACAUAUGCUUACUCUUGCUUAAAAUUAAUAAAUCAUGUUUUGAUGAGAAAAAACUAUUCUAUUUCACUAGCUUAGUUGUCUCUUUUUCCAAAUCUUCUCUGGAAGUAGGUUGGCUAUUACCCUGUUGGGAAACAGGGAAAUGGCCUGAUGCCCAUAUUUCUGACCAGCUGUCGGGGAAGGAAGAUGCAAGAUGUGCGGAAGACACGAGGGAACGUCUACUUAUCCCCGUGCUUCGAAGCCGUGUGUUUCCCUUUGCAGAACUGGGUAGGCUCAAGCAUACCCAUCCAAUCAGCUUAAAUCAUUUAGCAGUUGACCUCUGUGCUUCUUCCUUUGGGGGUGUUGAAUCUUUGGUAACAGGUGUGCAGUGGUACCUUAUUUGGGGGCAGUCCCUACUUUCCGUCACUUAUUGAGGCCUUUGCCAAAGAAAAGUGGAAGCUGUUUCCUCGACCUAGCCUUAUAUGACCUGAUGUCAUUAGGAGAAGAGUUAAAAGACAGUAUCCCCUCUCUCCUGAUUGUGUGCCAAGUUCAGUGUUCCCUUUGCAUUUCUUUUGGGGUGGGUUGGCUGUAUUACAGAAUUCCACCAAAAGUGCUAAGUAUCCCCUCCUGCAGAAGUGUCGGUUGUAUUCACAGUAGGCUACGUGUGGAUGUUUCAGCCAUCUGCUCUGCUCCCUGGGUCCCCGGGUCACCACCAUACUGAGAAAUAUAUGACUCUGCCAAAGAGACGUGGAGACCACGUCGGCUUGUCAUGGUGUCCUGGAAGACUCUCCAGCAGCCAGAAGAAACUUCUGUGCUGUUCUCACUAGAGAAGAUUUGAGUUGCAGCUUGGAAGGAAUAUGACGGCAUGGAAUGGGAGGAGGGGGCUCUUGUACCAGGGCCCGUUGUCACGUCUGCUCUCAGCUUGUUGAGAACUCAUAAUCUCAGAAUGCAUUUCACAGGGAGAGAUGUCUGGAAGUCCAAUUCUCAUCCCAUUGGCUUUUUCUGUGGUUGCUGUUUUGUGGGCCACUUUGCACAGGAGUGAAGCCAACACCCCGAGAUUGUGCCUUCCCUUUGCUGUGAAAAAUUCAAACCCUUGAAAUAAAAGGAGGGAAUUGCAGGUAUGCCCUGAUUAGUUUUCCUGCUUAUUUCUUCAUACAGACAUCUUCUGUUUUGUUGUACUGUGUUAGGUUUCAGAGGCGGGGAGCUUCCUACUGCAGCAGAUGAACAGGCAUAGUUCUCAGAAUACAGGAAAGCAACAAGUCAGGUUUCCAGGUGGAGGAGGUGAAUGAAGUGUGCCAUCAUGCUGUGCAUUUCAGGUCAAAUUUCUUUAUCUUUUCAUAUCGCAUGUCAUUGGAUGUGACAUUUUGAUGAAAAUACUGAAAUUACAAAAGCAUAACUUUAGCAACAAGAAUGAGAUAGACAAUUGAAUGUGGGACAUUUUUCUGGCAUGCCUUGCUGCUGAGAAUCGGACUUCCAGUCAAAACCCUGUUAGUGACACCCACCUCCUCCGGUUAUGCAAAUUGAUGCUUAGCUUGGCAAGCCUUCAAGGAGGUUUGCUUGGAACAGGAAAGGAAUUAGCAACCCUUUGAGGGUGUCAUUUUUACCUUGUAAUACACUGUGGAAAAUUCUGGAAGACAGUCCUUGCCUGAAAAGGUGCAAUUUAGCAUUAGGUUGUUAUCAGAAACCUUGUCAAGUCUGAUGGGAAAUGGAUACUUCUAUAUAGACAAUAUUAUUUUAAGAUGCUGCUUUAUUUUCUUGAUAACUUCUUUGGAAGUCUGAAAUGAAAUCCUGCCUUCAGUAACUGAAACCAUUUAUUAAAAAUAGCAAGAAACGAGAUGGGAACCAAUUCUAUUUUUAUUCUUGGGAAUUUAAAAGAGCCACAAGUGAUUGGUGUCAGCUCUCCCAGCAUAUACUGUACACUACUUUGUAUUUCUCCUGAACCAAAACCAAGUACCUAGCACUCAGGAAACAGAUGCCCUGUGUGUGACCGUGGGGAAUGUUUUUCUACAACAGGUUCCACUUCUGAACACUUGGAAGGACCUUACCCGAUUCAUGGUGAAAUACAGGUUUAGGUUGGAGAUAAAUUUGGGGUCAGUUACUGUUCAAAAUUGUGAAAGUAGUCCCCAGGAAGACAGGAUUAAUGACUCCACAGUGCUUUGGAUAAUAGAUUUUGAAAAGCAAUUGUGAAUUGGGGAUUCCAUCAUUUUAUUUAAGAUGUGAAGAGGGAUUUAAUUAUUUAAUAUGCCGGGUGCAAACUUGUUAAAUUCCUCUUUCCCUGUCCCUGCUUGGUGGAGCUGCCACGUGUGGUUCAGUUCUAAGUUCUGGCCUAAUGCCACUCGAUAUCAUUGGGAAUAAAUCGCUGUCCAACAGUCUGUUCCACAAACAACAGUAAUUGAGUUUUACAGACUUUAUUCUGAUUAGUGGAAAUCAAAUAAUUGAAUGGAAUCCCCACGUGUUUUCUCUUGCACAAACUUAUUAGACUUGAUUAGAAAACUUUGGAGGAAAAGCUUGCCACUAAGUUUUUGUUGUUGUUGUUGUUUUGAAAAACAACCCAACACCAUAAAGUGUAAAAUUAGGGGUUUUUGCCAAGAAAGCUAUUAGAUUUUCUGAAAGCCAAGAAAACUCCACGCCAUAGAAGUUACUGUGUAUAUCUCUAGGGAGUUUUAAGAAUUUCACAUUUGAACUUUACAGCAGUUUACCAAUUAAACAGCAAGCUGGAAAAAUACAUUUUGAGAGGGGUAGAAAGAGUAAGAAUAUAAUUAAAAGUAUGCUAACAAAAUAAGCAGAACAUACUUUUUUAGAAAAUGCAGUUUAGGCCGAGCACAGUAGCUCACGCCUGUAAUCCCAGCACUUUGGGAGGCCUAGGCAGGUGGAUCACCUGAGGUCAGGAGUUUGAGACCAGCCUGGACAACAUGGUGAAACCCUAUGUCUACUAAAAAUACAAAAAAUUAGCCAACUGUGGUGGUGCAUGUCUGUAAUCCCAGCUACUCAGGAGGCUGAGGCAGGAGAAUUGCUUGAACCAGGGGGGCGGAGGUUGUAGUGAGCCAAGAUUGUGCUACUGCACUUCAGCCUGGGCAACAGAGCGCAACUCCGUCUCAAAAGAAAGAAAAUGCAGUUUCAUUCCAGCCAUCCUCAGAUUUCCCUUCCCAUUAAAGUGGCUGAAUUCACUGGAGAUGUGAUUUAUUUUGCAGAUCCACCAAUUCCAAACCUCAGGAAUAUUCAAGCGGGAGUCAUGUGUCAGUGACAGCUUUGACAGAGGGAGAGACUGGCUGGGUGACCCGGGUGUUGCCCACAUGGAGCAAGGACUGGUUCAUUCAACAGUUGGAGAGUACAGGAUGGCUGGGACCUGGGAAGUUCCAGAAUCUGAAAAGAGGGUGGGGCAAGAAGGAGCCAGAAGAGAGGUUCCACCCCUCAGUGGGCGGUGGGGCACAGAGGUCCGCACCAGCCAAGAACCUCCCAGGAUGCCCUGGGCGCCUCAUUUCACCCCACGUUUUUGGCACAGUCUGCUUUUUAGGUAUUUUCUAAAGGAACUUCUCAGGAUUGAUUAUUUGUCAGAGGAACAAUUAGGCCAAGAGAAACUUGCUUGGCAGCCAUACGUAAAACACAUCUGUUCUAAUAAAACUAGAGAUGCCUCAAGGCCCAAGCAGGACACAGGCAGGUUCAAGGUCAUACACCAGGAAGUUCAUAGGGGAGGGUCAAGCGACUGAGUCCAAAGGGGGCUGGUAAAGUGCUCUUUGAGGUCUGAGCAUCUGGAAGGCUCCUGGCAGCAGUUACCCUGAUUGUGUCAUUGAGAGGCACAGCAACUGGGCCCUCACCGUUUCCGCCAGCUCUGCUGAGGCAGCUCAGCCCGUGCAUUCCGAACAUCUGACAGCUUCUUUCUCCAGAAUGUCUUCUGUCAGAGACUUCCAGAAAAGGAGCUCCCUCCUGUCUCACUGCUGUUAGCAUGGGAGCCCUGCUCCCCGGGCUCCACGUCCCCGGAAGGUCCAAGUUGUCCCGCAGCACACCCAGCCCCAUUCAGGGUCAGUGCAGGAGGGACCAGGGAAUCUGCAUUUCAGUAAGCUCCCCAGGUGAGGCUGGAGAGCAGAAACCAUGGCUCUCAGUUGUGAGCAGACUCCCUGGGCUGUUGGUGUCACCCUAGGGGUGGGUGAAGGCUGUUAGCCACAUCUGUGGAAUGUGGAAAUGAGAACAAAGCCCCGCUGCUUAGUGCUGCCAGCAAAACCUCAAGUUGCAUCAGUGGCUGAAAUCUAUCAUAGGUGUUGAGGAUAUGUAACUCCCACCAAUAAAUACAGUAUUUUCUUCCCUGCCCCUGAGCUUCCUCUGGGUUUCUUAUCAUCAGCUAUUACACACAGACUUCCAGUGCUUCUAAAUUGUACUGUGUAACUUUUAUAUCAUACUUGUGUGCUGAAAAAGCACACAGUAGGUAGUGGCUGGGCCAAGAGACAUCACAAAGCUUCCUGAUAAAUUCGAAUCCAGCCACAGCAAGAGCAACGUGCGGGUACCUGGUCCCUGAUGCUUGGGUGCACUGUUGAGCCUCGGGUACUUCUUGGACACUAUUGUGAGAGCAGCCAUCCUGGUGGCUCUGCCAGCAUCUUGGGAAAGGAUGUGAUGGUAAAAUAUCUGUCUCUCCUCUGGGAAUCAGGGCAGCCCCAAGAAGUGGGCAGUUCCCUUUACAGAUGGAUAAUUAUUUGUGUAAGACCAACCAGAUAAAGUCCAGACUGUAUAGAACACACGUGUGCCUCACACAUAGCCAUCUGAGUAAAGUAUUUUGCCAACAUAGAUUUAUAAUUAUAAAUGAUAGAUUUGUAAUAUAGAUUUCAGUGAGCUGGGCACAGCUGUCACUUCAGUGGUAUUAAUAAAAGACUGGAAAACUUGAGCGUCCUUGGCAACCUAGCCUUUGACAUUGAUGUUUUUACAUAGGAUUUUCUUCAUUUGGGUUGGAAUAAAAAUGCAUUUUUAUUCACAAGGCAUGGACAGAUAAGAACAUCAUAAGGAGGGAAGUGUCUCCAAAAGUCAGGACUUAAUAUUUUUCUGUUGAGUGCUAUAUGUGGAGGUCAUUGCAAAUUCCCUGAUAGAAGUAUGGUUUCGCUUGCUACAUUGUACCUAUUGAAGUAAAAUUUUACACAAGCCUCGCAUUUCUAAGGUUAGUGUUCCUGAAUGAAAUGUUAAGAAAACAUUAAAAGGUUAUAUCUUUUUAAGAUGGAGGAAAAAAGUGAAAAAAGCUAAUUAAUCUAUAAUGAAAAUUGCACAAAAUAACAAAAUAACAUUUCUUAACAAAUUUAGUACAAUUUUGUGUUCUUUGUUGCUAGUGGUAUAAAACGAGAUUUUUUUCCCUCAUUUUUCUAAUUGUAGAUGUAAUCUCUCACAUUUAUAUCAGUGAGGAUUGAAAUGCUGUGUAGCAGUUACUCAGCACAUAUGAGAGGGCAGCGAAUGAAUGAGAUUUGUCAUGUGCUAAUAAAAGCUGAAUUUUUAUAAUCUAAAAUGAUGUAUUUUCUACUAUUGCUGUUAAUUUGCAUUGUUAAAAAUUCUUAAAGUUUGACAUGUUAUGUUCAGUCACUGAAAGCGACCACUCAUUUUUUCUUAAAGUUGAUGACUUUUCUGCUCUGCUAGAGGUAGUAUUUUGCUUCUGGCAGAAGAGCUGCAAACUGUGUAUCCUCAAACAGAUGCAAAAAGUAGUGCUUUGCAAAAUGUUUGUUUUGUGUUUAUCUCAGAUUAACAUCCUUUAAUACAUGUUUCUUAAGUGUAACUUGUAUUUCUGAAAAUGCUUAAAAUUAUUUUAUAUUUCCCUUUGGGAAUUUUGCUCUAUUUCCAGCACGCUGAUGUGAUUUAAAGAUGUAAGAAGACCAAGAGUUGGAGUAAAGGGAUAUUCAUUCCAUGUUAAAAGUGGCUUCAUAGCUACUGACAAAUGUCUGAACUAUUGUUGUGCCCUUCAAAACUGGAGUUUUCUAAAAUAAUCUUAUUUUUGUACUUGUAUAUCCCAAUUUAAGAUAUAUGCCAUUGAAAGGGAAAUAAAACAUUUUUGUUUAUUUGAAUAAAUAAUACUCCCAA